GUGACGUCAUCUCCGGGCGCCGAGGGUGACUGGACUUGCGGUGCGCUUCCAGGGCUCCGCGGCGCUGCCGGUUGUAUUCGCUGGAUACCAGAGGGCGGAAGUGCAGCCGGGUUCGGCUCCGACCUCCGCGCCAGUGCUUUUUGCGGCUGCGCGGGCUUCCUGGAGUCCUGCUGCCGCGUACCCGCAGGACAGUGUGUCAGGCGGGCAAUCUGCCCGGCCGCCCCACCGGAGCCCGGGAUCCAGGCGUCCCCACCGGUGCGGGGAGCCGGAAGGAGGAGCCAUCGCUUCGGGUAGGUUUGGCUUUUGUUGAAAAAAGAAUUUAGCCUGUAUGUACUGCUUUAACCACUGGAAGAAUGACAGAUGACAAAGAUGUGCUUCGAGAUGUGUGGUUUGGACGAAUUCCAACUUGCUUCACGCUUUAUCAGGAUGAAAUAACUGAAAGGGAAGCAGAACCAUACUAUUUGCUUUUGCCAAGAGUAAGUUAUUUGACGUUGGUAACUGACAAAGUGAAAAAGCACUUUCAGAAGGUUAUGAGACAAGAAGACAUUAGUGAGAUAUGGUUUGAAUAUGAAGGCACACCACUGAAAUGGCAUUAUCCAAUUGGUUUGCUAUUUGAUCUUCUUGCAUCAAGUUCAGCUCUUCCUUGGAACAUCACAGUACAUUUUAAGAGUUUUCCAGAAAAAGACCUUCUGCACUGUCCAUCUAAGGAUGCAAUUGAAGCUCAUUUUAUGUCGUGUAUGAAAGAAGCUGAUGCUUUGAAACAUAAAAGUCAAGUAAUCAAUGAAAUGCAGAAAAAAGAUCACAAGCAGCUCUGGAUGGGAUUACAAAAUGACAGAUUUGACCAGUUUUGGGCCAUCAAUCGGAAACUCAUGGAAUAUCCUGCAGAAGAAAAUGGAUUUCGUUAUAUCCCCUUUAGAAUAUAUCAGACGACGACUGAAAGACCUUUCAUUCAGAAGCUGUUUCGUCCUGUGGCUGCAGAUGGACAGCUGCACACCCUGGGAGAUCUCCUCAAAGAAGUUUGUCCUUCUGCUGUUGCUCCUGAAGAUGGGGAAAGAAAGAAUCAAGUGAUGAUUCAUGGAAUUGAGCCAAUGUUGGAAACACCUCUCCAGUGGCUGAGUGAACAUCUGAGCUACCCGGAUAAUUUUCUUCAUAUUAGUAUCAUCCCACAGCCAACAGAUUGAAGGUUCAACUAUUUGCCUCAACGGAAUCAUCCUUAAAUGGGAUUUAUCAGAGCAUGUCACCCUUCUGCUUCAAUCAGGUUUGAUGGAGGCAACCUGACCAGAAACACUUCUCUGCUGCAAGCCCAACAGGGAAAAGAUUCCAUGUCAGAUAAGGCAAUUGGGCUGGUCUUACUUUGCAUCACCGCUACUUUCCUCCACUGCCAUCAUUAAACCUCAGCUGUGACAUGAAAGACUUAACAGGACCACUGCAAGUCUUCUGUAAAAUAUAAUGAAGCUGAAACCUUUGGCCUAAAAAGAAAAUGGAAGUGUGUGCCACUCGAUUUGUAUUUCCGAUUAACAAAUAAACAGGGGUAUUUCCUAAGGUGACCAUGGUUGAACUUUAGUUCGAGAGAGUGGAAACAUUGGUUUAAUUUUCAAGAGAAUUAAGAAAGUAAAAGAGAAAUUCUGUUAUCAAUAACUUGCAAGUAAUUUUUUGUAAAAGAUUGAAUUACAGUAAACCCAUCUUUCCUUAACGAAAAUUUCCUAUGUUUACAGUCUGUCUAUUGGUAUGCAAUCUUGUAACUUUGAUAAUGAACAGUGAGAGAUUUUUAAAUAAAGCCUCUAAAUAUGUUUUGUCAUUUAAUAACAUACGAUUUUGUCACUUUCCAAAUACUUUCUGACUCACAUACAGUAGAUCGCUUUUACUCUGUGUUACCAUUUUGACUGGUCAUCACUGGCAUGGGGUGGAUAUACGGUAUAGGAUUACUUGUCUCAGGAGCUGUCAUAGAAUUUCUUGCUGCCAAUUCAAAAAACCUGUGUUCGUUACACACUAAAGUUAUAAAUACUGUAACUGUUUAUCUUUGCUGUUUUAUCACUGUAAACCUGUCAGAUCAUAGUAUCCUAAGUAUCUAUAUAUCAUAAUUUUGCAUUUUUGGAAAAACCCAUUCCUUCCAAGCAAGGGUUUUUCAUUAGCUCCAGGUCUGAUUUUUCACUGUGGUUCCCUGGCAGCCAGUCUUUUGAAGUGUAAAGAUUACCCGUCUCUUGACUGCAGUACCUUUUCUUUAAUUUUUACCAAAAAUAUCCAGAGGUUACUGAAGUUCUUACUCAAUAUAAGGGAAGUUUGCUGCACUUUAUUACCAAGCCUCUGGGAUUUUACUAGUCAAAUAUAUUUGUGCAUUACAUUUCGUUUCUUGUGAGCUAGCUUGCUGUCCAUAUUGAAUGUUGACUCAUUUGAGUUUGCUAAAAGACUUAUCAUAUCAGACGAUCAUGGUUUUAGAUCCCAUAAUAAAAAUGAAUGUUUUUCUUAUAAAAAAUUAUAUGAAUGCUGAAGCAAGAUCCUACUAUUGUUCAUUGCUUCCUUUUUACUUUUGUGAUUUUCACUGAUUCAUAGCAAAUUUCUUCACAAAAUUAGAUAAAGUUGGUCAAAGACCAGAUAUUCUGGAAUGGAAAUUGUAAAGCUUAAAAAGAAUAACUGGUACAGAAUGCAAACUCAGAAAAUUAGAAGCAAGUAGAAAAUAAUUGGUUGAUGUAAAUGAAAAUGCCAUUUUAGUAAAGGCAGGAAAAAAAUAGCAGUAUUUGAGUUAUGUAAGAAUAAAAAAUCCACUUGUAUUUUUGUGGAAGAGGUCGGUCUGAAUAUGAUUGUUCACAUUAAGAGUGUUUAUUUGUCAGUUCGGUUUGGGGAUUUUCCCCCUUGAUGUUUUGACAGAUCGAAGUGAGCGUCAGUGGGCAAAAGGAUCAGAAUGCAGGGAACACUAAGCUGUGAUGAAGGACGUGUGGUAAGAAUGGAAAGCCAGAGUAGUUUUAUACAGACAAGACCAGUGUCAGGUCUUUGCAGUAGGCCUGAGUGACCUACUGAUCCAGAUUUGAGGGUAAAUUUUGUCAAGCCAUUGCCCAUUUUUACUUCUUCAUUCAUUAUUGUACCAGCAUCGAUAACUUUAUUACUCUAAUCCCAGGUAAGUCAAGCCUACAAUGCCCCAGAGGAAAAGUAAAACCAGAAAUUCAUGCUGGGUUUAAUAAUCUAUUUUUGUUUCUUUUUAUUUGAAUAUUUAAAUUUUAUGGUUUAUUAAAAAAAUAAAUAAA